AGGAGGGGGCAGAGGAGCGGAGGCGGCUCGGCCCGGUCGGUGGCUUCAACGGCGCCAUGAGAGCGGGGAGCGGCGGAGAUUGAAUUCAGCUAGAACUCAACUUUGUUAGGGCUUUUUUUAAAAAAAGUUAUUUCAGUGCAUCAGAGCAAGUGAUUACUGCCUGACCGUUCAGAGACUUCCAGGUGCUUGCCUGCAUUGCAAUAAAGGACUCAUCUAUUGAGCAAGACUUAUAUUUAUCUCUUCAUUUCGGAGAGUCUAAUAAACUGUUAUUACAGUUUCUGUACUGACUUUCAAACGUUUUUGAAGUCUAAAAAGAGACAGACACCUUUCGAAAUAACCCAGCAUGAGCACGGCCAGAACAGAGAACCCUGUUAUAAUGGGUCUCUCCGGUCAGAACGGACAGCUGAGGGGCCCUGUGAAGCCCAGCGGUGGCCCCGGAGGAGGGGGCACACCGACACAGCAACAGAUGAAUCAGCUGAAAAAUACCAACACAAUCAACAACGGCACUCAACAGCAAGCACAGAGUCUGACCACCACUAUUAAGUUUUCCUCCUGUAGACCUGGUGAUGACUGGAAGAAGACUUUAAAACUCCCGCCAAAAGAUCUGCGAAUCAAAACUUCGGACGUGACCUCCACAAAAGGAAAUGAAUUUGAAGAUUACUGUUUGAAGCGGGAGUUGCUGAUGGGAAUUUUUGAAAUGGGCUGGGAAAAGCCAUCUCCUAUUCAGGAGGAGAGCAUUCCCAUUGCUUUAUCUGGUAGGGAUAUCUUGGCAAGAGCUAAAAACGGGACUGGCAAGAGUGGUGCCUACCUCAUUCCUUUACUUGAACGGCUAGACCUGAAGAAGGACAAUAUACAAGCAAUGGUGAUCGUUCCCACCCGAGAAUUAGCCCUGCAGGUCAGUCAAAUCUGCAUCCAGGUCAGCAAACACAUGGGAGGGGCCAAAGUGAUGGCAACGACAGGAGGAACCAACCUGCGCGACGAUAUAAUGAGGCUUGACGACACAGUGCACGUGGUGAUCGCUACCCCUGGGAGAAUUCUGGAUCUCAUCAAGAAAGGAGUAGCGAAGGUCGAUCAUGUCCAGAUGAUAGUAUUGGAUGAGGCAGAUAAGUUGCUGUCUCAGGAUUUUGUACAGAUAAUGGAGGACAUUAUCCUCACGCUACCUAAGAACAGGCAGAUUUUGCUCUACUCAGCCACUUUCCCUCUUAGUGUACAGAAAUUCAUGAAUUCCCAUUUGCAGAAACCCUACGAAAUUAACCUGAUGGAGGAGCUGACUCUGAAGGGAGUAACCCAGUACUACGCAUACGUAACCGAGCGCCAGAAAGUACACUGCCUCAACACCCUCUUCUCCAGGCUCCAGAUAAACCAGUCGAUCAUUUUCUGCAACUCCUCCCAGCGGGUUGAACUGCUAGCCAAGAAGAUUUCCCAACUGGGCUAUUCCUGCUUCUAUAUCCACGCUAAAAUGAGGCAGGAACAUCGGAAUCGUGUGUUCCAUGAUUUCCGAAAUGGCUUAUGCCGCAAUCUUGUUUGCACUGAUCUGUUUACCCGAGGUAUUGAUAUCCAAGCUGUGAAUGUGGUGAUAAACUUCGACUUUCCAAAGCUGGCAGAGACCUAUCUCCAUCGGAUUGGCAGAUCAGGUCGCUUUGGCCACCUGGGGCUGGCCAUCAACUUGAUCACCUACGACGAUCGAUUCAACCUGAAAAGUAUUGAGGAGCAGCUGGGAACCGAAAUUAAACCUAUCCCGAGCAACAUCGACAAGAGCCUGUAUGUGGCAGAGUACCACAGCGAACCCGUAGAAGACGAGAAACCGUAACAAGCACGCUUUGAUUAACAACUUCCGAAGCUGAAACCCUCUGAUCCGGAUCCGCGACACAUCAUUUCUUUGGGAGUGCUCUUCUCUUGGUGGGUUUUUCAUUUUGGAACUAUGAAGACUUAAAACGAGCUCAGACUUUUGUUUUUCUUUUUUUUAAUCUGACGGAGAGGAGCGAAAAGCUGAAAAAGAAGGAAUAUACCUUUUUGUUUUUUCCACUUGUUUGCACUGUGUGCUGACUGAACAUUAGUUGCACUAACUGCUGGUUUUAAAAAAAAAAAAAUUUUCUUCUGGGGGCAAAGGAGGGGAGAGACCCUGAAAAGAGAAGAAUCUUGACGAACACACAAGCUUGUCUACGAUCUCAACGUUCUCGCAACAGCCGACUUCUGAGUGCAUUUCAACUUCUCCUUGGUUACCCAUCCGUUUUGAAGCCUAAAAAGCUUUGUUACUUAUUUGUGCGAAGUGCCUUAUGCUAUGAGACGAUUCAGAAAAAUCAUCCGUCAGACCCGGCCCGAGGACCCCGACAACUGCAGUUCCUACUUUGGUUUGUUUUUUUGGUAUUUUGUUUCCGUUUUUGGUUCAGGUCAAAGUCCCCUUCCUCUGACCCGCAUCGUGUCCCGUUUUUCCCCCCACCCCGGCCCCCGGCCUAUCCGAACAGUCAAGCGUAGGCCUGGGAAAGCAACCUUAGCUGUAACGUCUAACACUCUGUUUUGGUUUUGAAAUUGGAGGAGUUGAGAUGCACCUGCAGUUGACCCACGCUGUAAAUACAUGUAUUUAAAAGAAAAAAAAAAUCCCCCGACGGAAAAAAAACCCCCAUCUGGGCUGAGUAGAAGGCGGUGGCAGCGGCAGCGGCAUCGCUCCCGAAGGGAUGAGCGAUUUUUCUCAUUGCAGGAGCCACUGUGCCAGAUCCACCGUGCUGAAGCACGGAACACUAAAGACUGGUUUCCAUAAGCCUCCAUUAGCAGUCCCGGCACUUGGUGUGGAGGUACGUCAGAGCUGUGACCCCCUUUCUUCUCUGGCAAAGCGUGUCCCAUAGAAAAGCGGAUGUGUAUACUUGUAUAGACUUUGUAAAUAAGGUUUUUGGUUUUUUGCUG